AUGGACGCCUCCGACUUGCACGAGAACCCCAUGGUUGAUGAGAACAUGGCUGACGCCGUUGACAUGAUGGAUGAGGGUGACAUUGAAAUCAUCCCCAAGACCGAAGAGGAAUACGCCCAGUCCACGCUGACUCUCCGCGCCAUCGUCUCCUCCAAAGAAGCCGGUAUCAUCAUCGGUAAAGCCGGCAAGAAUGUUGCUGACCUGCGUGACGAAACCGGUGUGAAGGCUGGUGUGAGCAAGGUUGUUCCUGGAGUUCACGAUCGCGUCUUGACCGUCACUGGUCCCCUGCACGGCACUGCUCGGGCCUAUGCUUUGGUCGCCAAGGGUCUGCUUGAGGGCGCCCCGCAGAUGGGCAUGGGAGGCGUCGUGUCCAACAAUGGCACCCACCCCGUCCGUCUCUUGAUCUCCCACAACCAGAUGGGUACCAUCAUUGGACGCCAAGGUCUCAAGAUCAAGCACAUCCAGGACGCGUCCGGCGUGCGCAUGGUUGCGCAGAAGGAAAUGCUGCCUCAGUCCACUGAGCGCAUCGUUGAGGUCCAGGGCACCCCCGAGGGCAUUGAGAAGGCUAUUUGGGAAAUUGGAAAGUGCCUCAUCGACGAUUGGCAACGCGGCACCGGCACUAUUUUGUACAAUCCUGCUGUUCGCUCCUCGGUCGGCGGUACUAGCAGCUCUGCCAGCAACCAGAACACUGGCAAUGGUUACAGCAGCCGCCCCUACAACCGCACCGGCAACGGUGCCGACUUCAGCGACCAGUCCGGCAGCUACAGCAGAAGAUCCAACCCCGAUACCAGCAACCGCGGCUACCCUCUCGUCACCGAAGACGGCGAGGAGAUUCAGACCCAGAACAUCAGCAUCCCCGCCGACAUGGUUGGAUGCAUCAUUGGCAGGGGCGGAAGCAAGAUCACUGAGAUCCGUAGAAGCUCUGGAGCUCGGAUCUCUAUUGCCAAGGCUCCUCACGAUGAGACGGGCGAGCGCAUGUUCACCAUCAUGGGCAGCGCCCAGGCCAACGAGAAGGCUCUCUAUCUUUUGUACGAGAACCUCGAGGCCGAGAAGACUCGCCGCAGCCAGCUUCCUCAGGAGUAA